ACCACUGCUAGUUCGAGAGACUCUGCUUCCAUGGGGGAAGCUUCGGCGGAACAGCGUUGGCAGUGAUAUCUCGAGCAUACAUUCCUCCGAUUUUGCGUCGCAGAAGGAUCGUGCUGCACAUCUGGCCAAUGGACUAGACGUCGCCAAUGAUGUUGGGAUGGUGCAGAUACCUCCUGUACCACCAUUGCCCAAGGCUUACCAGUCUCCUUCGGCUCCUUCAUUCACUCUCCCUGCCGUACCAACUAGCCCCCCGGUUGUACAAUCGAAUCCGACAACACCAGCUGAAGACCCGGAUCGGACACUGGUACUUCCUGUCACAGAAGUGCCGCCCGUCACGCCAUCGAAAUCACCUGGACGUGGGCCUACAAAGAAAUGGAGCUUCUCAGCGCUAUUACCUCAUUCUUCGAGUAAAGAUAAUGGUAAAUCCCCUCUGUCGCCAAAGGCAACUCGUGGCACACGUACCAACGGACAUAGUUCUGAGCAUAAAGGGUCGAUCGAUAACUGGUCUAUUAUUGAAUCCCCUGGAACCUCGCAGAAUCGAUUGCACCCAUCCACGUCGAAUGCAUCUUUACAUCCCAUCCCGUCGACUCCGAGUUCCCCGACGCCAGCUUCGACUCUUCAUUCGCGCACCCCAGAACGUGGUGUACCCAGUCGUGCUGAGACCUCCUCCAGUGCCAGUACCCAGACAACCUCCCAAGCUGCGCAUACCGUCACAAGCCCCCCCUCCAAAGCAGCACCCAAUCCGAGGCGACUUACCCCAUCGAACAUCCCGUUUUUCCGACGUUCAUCAUCAUCAUCAAUGCAAACAUCGAUUGUUGGGAUCACCUCCCCUUCUCCUCCCCCAGCGAUCCCUCAUCACAUAUCCUCUGCCUCAAUUUCCACUUUGGCGUCCAAGUCGACUCCGAAUAACUCCCUUGAAUUGGAUCCAACACCACCAGCGGCUCCUCCGCCCCGUAAGACGUCGGUACUGAGUCUCUUGAAACCUAGGGAAAAGGACAGGAAGGAUGACAAAGAUAGAAGUGAGAGCCGAAUCUCAAUUCUCAUGGGCAGGAGGCGAGGAAAGACCUUGUCGGCCGCGGAACCAAAGCCUCCUAAGCCAAUGCCAAUAAUGCCCCCGAUACAAAUGCCAGGCAUCCCUGCGUCCGCGUCGUCUCGCGUCGGUAGCAUCAAGGUGCGAGAAUCCGUGGCAUCAAUGCCACCCCCUUCAUCUACGCGCGCCCGAAUAUCUGGAGUUGUGCCGCGAUCACCCGCAACCAAGACUUCGGACUCCUCCCUUCGCAGCACUCGUCAGAACCUGCCUCCAAUAGCUGGUUCACCUUCUGUUGGCACAACUGCACCCCCUCAGGGUGUAUCUGUAUCUUAUCAUCCCCCCUGUCCGGGACUACUCGAAGUUCAGUUGACACCAAGGAGACGCCAACAAAGAUCCCUCGCAUCUCCAGCCGGAUGUCAACGCUGCAAUCACCAGCUACGACUACACUCAAGUCUUCCGGUUCCGUACUCAGUCACAGGAGGACCAGCUUGGUCGUUGCGGGCUCUUUAUCUGACUUCGGUGUUUUAGAGCCAACGGAGACCCCGACGCAAACAAAGGCUCAAACGAUGGGAUCCAAAGAGCAUUCUUCCUCUCAGUCCUCGCCCGCAUCCCUUUCGAAAGUGUCUCGGCAGCUAGUAGCACCUCCUUCGGCGAAGAAACCCUCACCUAGAGAUUCUGCUGUUGGAUUGCGGAAGUCUUCGGCUCCAGCGACCACUGGUGGUGCAUCUCUUGUGCCAAGCGAGAGUCACUCACGCUUUUCUGGGUUGUCUCCUUCAAAAUCAUUGAAGCUGCUCAGUCCCAGGAUCUCCCUAGCUACCGCCAAAACGUCUCCUUCUACUACACCGGGCACACCUAGCGGCUCGGGGCGGCAAUCUGCUUCCACACCCUCCCCAGCCCCGAGCUCAGCUGACGAUGAAGAAUUGUUGGCGGACGAAGAGAUGGUCCAAUAUAUAAAGCGACAGCAAGCCAGAAAGCUAGCGGCAGGAGCUAAGAAGGAGGAAUUGGAUGAAAUGUUGCG